AUGGCGUCGAAGGACGAAACGCUCGGGCAGACUAAACAGCGCCACAAACUCGAACUACGCACACUGCAAUGUGAUAUCAAGAUGUUCCAGAAGAAGGCAAAGAAGGACCGACUGAGUAAGAACGAAAUUGAGGUCCAGGUGAAGGCCAUGGAGAGUAUGAUGAAAGAUCGUCACGAGCUGGAGCUCCAAGCAUUUGAGACAAGGAUAGAAGACGCAGGGACUUCCACUUUACACUCGGACGAAGCUGCUAAGGCUGCAGAACUGUCGAAACAAGUCAAGGCUCAAGCUAAAGCUCAGCGUAAACGGGAAGCAAAACAACAGCAAGAACAGGAACGUCGUGAACGCAUCGAAGAAGAAAACAAAAACACGGUGAGUGAACGGCAGGUUGAGGCUGACCUGAUCCUGGCACAGUUGGCUCGACAUGGUCUCAAGAUCAAAGACAUUCCGUCCGACGGCCACUGUAUGUAUCACGCAGUAGCUGAUCAGAUGAAGCAGAAGAACCUGGCCAGUACUGAGGAGAUAGCACGCUUUGAGUAUCUCCGGAAACUCACGAGCGAGUACAUGCUCGCGCAUCCAGAUGACUUUUUGCCUUUUAUGGAGCUCGAAGAAAGUGUUGACGACGCAUUCACGACGUACUGUGAUCGAGUGGUGACUACAGCGGACUGGGGUGGACAACUGGAGCUUCGUGCGCUGGCAUGUGCUUUGCGGACGCCUAUUGAAAUUUUCUCUGCCGAGAGUGACGUGCUCGUGAUGGGUUCGGAAUUCGGUAAUGAAGACCAAGAAAGCACGCCGAAGCUGCAGUUGACGUAUCACCUACACUACUAUGCGCUCGGCAAGCAUUUCAACUCCGUUACUCCUAUCUAG